GUAUGAAUAGUUAUAUCUGUAUUGUACUUUGAUGCCAAUCUGCAUAUGCAUUGAAAUAGAAAAUGUCUAACAUGGAUCGCUAUGGUUUUGCUUUAUACCUUUAUUUCAAAAUUCAUGUAUGCAUUCUACUUUGCUGUUAUAGUCAUGGAAAAGAAUUCACUGGACCAAACGUUUGCUGGAAGAAGAUUAAUGAACAGAAUAUCCAAUACUGUUGCUUGACCUAUUACUAUGACAACGGAAAAUGCAAAGCAUGUAACCCAGGAAGUACAUCGUUAGAUGGCAUAACGUGUGUUCCUUGUCCUCCUAAUACAUACGGAGAAAUAUGUAAAUAUAAAUGCAAUUGCAGUUUGACACAAAAAUGUGAUCGUCAGUAUGGCUGCAUCGACAUUUCUUCAGCAGUAAUAAUGUCCAGUACAGAGGAAUACAGUUACAUUCAUCACUUGAAUGCAACUUACAGCGGAUUCAAACGAAGUGAAAGUAGUACCGCAAUUUUCUUCUCUACAGAACAAAAACAAACAAAGGACACACAGAAAAAUACAGAUGCAAACACAACAUUUAUUUAUUAUCUGGUGGUAGCAGGUGGUUUAGUUGGUUGGCUUGUAUUUUGUUACGCCGCGGUGAGAUUAGUUUGCAAGAACAUAAAGCGAGAAAGACCAUCUCGUCAACUGCUUUCUCCUCCGACUGAAGUAAGCGCUGUUGAAAUGCCACUACCAGUGGUACCCAAUGAAAGUAUCUAUAAUGAAAUAGAAGACGAAAUAGAAGAAGUUCCGUCUUCAUAUUUAACAGCUCGCCAUUCACGGUCUUACUUGAGUGUGAAAGACGACAGUGAAAAGUCUCUUAACAGCUCGACCACGGAAACCAAUUUCCUUUGUGAAGCUAGUGUGUCCCCUCAGAAAGACGAAGACUUAGAACCCGCUGAUGCUCUAUCCGACAAUAGCCAGGAGUCUUUUGAUGAAUGUAAUGCAAACAAAAAUGAAGAUUACCUACAUCCAUACACGACAUUACAAGCUGACAAAAAUUCAUGUUCAUAUACCAACUAAAUAUAUUCAUACCUUGUGAAAUCAAUGGUUUAACAGAUUAAAACUGAACUUAGGUACAUAAAUGUAAAAGGAAAUUGUGAUUUUUAAAAGCAGCGUGUCUCAUGACAAACGCAAUUUUGAUAGUCAAUUUAGUGUUAAAGUAAUAUCAAAGUAAUAUUUACGAAUAAAACCACUUUCCUUUGAACAAUACGUAUUUUCGAAAAACCUUCAUUCUUUUUUAACUCUAUUCACAUCUGAUAACCUAUGAGACGCGGAUUUAGUCAAAAUUAUUGUGUUGAAAGAGCUCCUGAAAUAUUGCAGGAGCUCCAUAAUUUCAGGAUAUCCUUAAAUCGAAUCGUGGAGGUCCUGAAAUCGAAUUAUGGAGGUCCUAAAAUCAAAUUAUGGAGGUUUUGAAGUAUUUCACGAGAUCCUCAAUGAUUUAUGGAUAUCCUGCAUUCGGAUUAUGGAAGUCCUGAAAUAUUUCAGGAGCUCCUUAAAUCCACACCUUACAAGAACCACAUAUCCACUGUUUUAUCAAUUAGAACAGUUUCUUCUUUAUGGAUGACAGACGCAGUGCUGUAGUAGUUUCCUGUCCGCUCGGGAGAAUUCUUUUAUUAAAGAAUAACACCAAGCUAAAAACAACAAUACUGAAGAUAUUCAAAAUGAUGGAUAAAAGUUAAAAGGCGUUGUCAUUGCGUAUGGUUUAGGGUUGGAGAUGUGUUUAGGGUUUACGAUAUUAAACAAUUGAUUUUAUGAUGGGUGGGGCAUUUCCCCUGGGGAACUGAAAAACUCUUAAGACAAUUAAGAAUAUAUAUGGUUUCGGGUUGGGGAUCUGAACCAUUUUUUUUAGACAUUUAACAAUCAAAUUCAAAUUCUUUACUACCAUGAACUUUAAAGUUCAUUGGUGUCAAUAUAAAUUGCAAAUUUAACAAGUAAAUAGACAGAGAAUGUUCAUGUUAUAAUGUUGUCUCUGAUUUUAAAUGCAGUAAAAAUGUAUUUUCCUGAAUUGGUUAACUGUUUGGUGUUCUUUGUACUAAAAAGUUCAAUAAAUUUAAAAAUACUUGGCAUAAACCAGUUAUAUUUCUUGAUGUAUUUUGCUCCUAGUUCCUUAUAUUUCGGACACACUAAGAUAAAAUGGAAUUCUUCUUCAAUACACUGACGACAAAUUGUACACAUACGACGUGACAAUUCGAUGCUUUGGUAGCGUCCAGUUUCAACUGAUAGCGUAUGAGAAGAAAGUCUCUUUAGAAAAGUACUUUUCCGAACAAAGUAUAGGAACAUACAUCGUCAGAUAAAAUUGUAAAAUUAAAGCUAUUUAUAAUGUGUUUAUAUAUAAUACACUUGUUACUAUUAUCAAUUAACCAUACAUCUUCAGUUUAUUAAUGGCUGAACGUCGUUGCUUCAUAACGAAAAUCAAUCGCAAAUAUGAGCUCUGACUGUUUGAACCACAUAUCUAUUAUAUAGUAAUAACUGGAACAAAUAACUUUUAAUAGUUUUUAAAACCUGGAAUUUACAAUGCCAACAGAAGAAAGAAAUCAACUACAGAUGGAUAUAAACUUUAUUUGGUGAUAACCUGCAACAGAAAAUAUUAUUGACUUUAUGAACAUUAAUUCGAACUGCACAUAUUGUAACAUUUGUAUCUUUUAACUUUUUCCAUUUUGUUUGGCAAGUGACCCUUUCCACUUAUUUACCAAACUCGUUUUACUUGAUAACAUAUUUUUUAAAGAUCGUAAGGGGUCUGGCAUAAAUAUUCAUAUACCUGAAAUUAUAUUUCAACCCAUUAUAAGUCCUGAAAGUGUCUAAGUAAGGAAAUAUUUAAGAUUUUACUGUCGGUCAAAACCAUGUUUCUCGUUUCUCUGUGAAGAGCCAUUUUACUGAUCAUGUGACCGCAGUAGGAAAUAUUUUUGUCGUUGUAACGUUAUACCUUAAAUAUCAAAAGUAGUCUUUAAGAGUAAGAAAUAAGGCAUUGUAGUAAAAAUUUUAUUAAAGCUUCAAUGUUUAUACCUGUAAAAGAAUAGUUUAUAGGAAUUAUAUUGUUAACCAGUUUACCGCUGGAAUUUAAUAUAAGUACUCCCGUCGUCUGCUAGUGCUACGCACUGCUAGAACUUGGAAACAAGUCUAGUUACAAAGUUUUAAGCUUCUAACUAUAAACUUUAAUAAAGGAAAAGUUAAGACUAAGUCCAAUCUCUUUGAUAAUUCAUGGACAGGCAUUUUAAUGUCCAUUUUGUAUAUAAUUUCUUAAUGUGCAGGUUUUCCUGUCAGGCUCCUAUUUUGUCCGACAUUUUCCUGUCAGUCCCUGGCUAUAUCCCUUAUUUUCGAUUGGCUUUCAGGGAUCUCCAAAUAGUAUAAAUAGGGCUCUGCUCAGUGAAAUGGCGGAUAACUUGUUAGCUCAAGCCUUACUAGUAAGCUUAACCAUCUUCUUGAAAGUUUAUCAUUACUAGACCAAUUCCAAACAGAAAAGCCAAGCAGGUUAAUAUACUUUAAUUCAUUAUGAUAAGAUGAAGUAUUUCUAAGGAAAAGUAAAUGUAGCAGCAGUUAUCCCCCACCACACUGAGUGACCUAAAUGUCCCGAAAAUGAUUACUAACUAAGGCGUCUGCAUUUGUGUAUAUAUAUAUAUA